AUGUCAGAAAAGCUACCCACUUUCACCGAUGAUUUCCUCAUUCGGCAAUUCAAGACCAACCCUCCGGGCAAGUACAAUAUCGCACUUCUUGGAACUACCCUCUUCGGACGCUUCAAAUACUACACAGCUCGUGACCACUACUUUAAGGAAAAUCCGUGCCUCUUGAACCUGGGUGGUAGUUUGGGCGCCGACAGGGUCCGAAAUGUCCAGCGUCUCAUCGACGAGGGCUUUCUUCGUUGUCUAAAGCAACACCAACCAAACCUCACGAUCAUCUACCUUCAAAUGGGAGACGGCGACAUUACCAAGAAUGGCUUGUCAAACUCGGAUGCCCAAACCUAUGGCAGAAUAGUCACGAGCCUACGAGAUCUGUUUCCAGAGGCGCAGAUCGUCAUCACUUCGUUCUUUCAACAGCAUGGAUUCAGCAAGCAUGUCAUUGAGGAGGCAAAUAAGAUGCUACGACACAUUGCUUCCUGCAGUGGUGACGCAGUCUCGUUCCUGGCCUUCACAGCUGAUCAGAAGGAGAUCGUGAGCAAUGAUCAAAUCCACCUGACUAAUGAUGGAUUUCGAAAGUGGUAUGACUUUGUACAGAACGACAUCAACAAUCGUUAG